UUCCAGCUACUUUGAUUCUCAACAGAGCGAAAACAAAAGAAGUGGUUUCAACUCUUAUAGGGAAUUCAGUUUCUUCACACGCAAACGAUUAUUGAAAAUUGGUAGCUUGCAAUAUAUGAAAUGUCUCAUGGCUAUACUUGUGAUCAAUUUAUUGGUGUUUUUAUACCUGAUGCAUGCGUACAACCUCUUCUCCAUCGACCAAUACCUGUUAUCAGCUGAUGGUGGUCUUCACUUUCACCGUAAGGAUGCCCAACAUUUUGCUUUAGCAAAGGAAAUAACUGUUGUCAUAAGAGAAUUUGAAGAUUUCGAAAAUCGUGUGAAUGAAACUGUCAGAAAUUUUAAAUGGAUAUCUCCAUACAUGAAUGUGAUUGUAGUUUCCGAUGACAUUCCCUACCCACCGCUUAAACUAAACUUCAGUCAGACUGUACACUUUGUAAAUCUGCAGUUGCAUCCAAUGCUAACAAACCCAAUGGAUGUCCUUAAAGGAUUAAUCAAAACCCCAUAUACAAUUUUUGUUCCUGAUGGCAUCAAUAUAACGAAAUCCAAAGCAUUACUUCAAGCUGUAAGAAAUAUAAAAACUAGACAGUUGAUUAAAGCUCUGGCCAUCCCAGUUGGAAAUGAAAAACUCAAUUGUCCAGGAAUGGAUGUGCACCUACGGUCAUGGUCUGUUGAUUUCACUAAUUUUGUUGGUGGUGAAGGAAUGUGCGACUAUGUGCAAGGUAACCAUGCACUGCUGAUGUUGACAAGUGACUUAUUUGAGUUGACAAGUCCAUUUGAACGUCCCCUGUAUGUUUCAUUGUACUUGCAGUUAACACUAAGAAGGUGGAAAACAGGAAUAUACACUGGUGAUGUUUUCGUGCCGAAAACCAUAUUCAAAGACUUUCGAAGUGAAUGGAAACAUAAACAUUUGGAAGAAUUACGACUGGAAAAUACAAUGAGAAAAUUUGAAAUAAAAAAGGUAUCAUAUGAUAAACAAAAAGUUUCCUAUUAUGGGUGUACAAAAGAUACUGAGCGAUGUUUUGGAACUGUCAUCAACGACAUGCCUGAUUUCUUACAUAAAGGGAAAUGGACUCCACCUUGUUGUUUAAAAGCGAUAAGAGAAACAGCAAGACAUGUUUUUACCAUGUUGAAUAAAUGCUCAGCUCGCUACUGGCUUGAAGGGGGCAGCUUAUUGGGAGCUGCAAGACACAAGGAUAUCAUCCCAUGGGACUAUGAUAUUGACAUUGGUGUUUAUAAAGAAGAUCUCGACAAAUGUGAACAGUUCGUAACAUUGGCAAAGAGGAAUAGUUUUACGGAUGAAGCAGGAUUUCAUUGGGAAAAGGCAACUGAAGGAGAAUUUUUUAGGGUACAUUACAGUGUUGUCAAUCGUAACCAUAUAGAUAUCUUCCCAUUUUUCCCAAAGUCUGGAAUAAUGACAAAAAACACAUGGUUUAAAACACACAGACAGGAUACAGAGUUUCCUGAACAUUAUCUAAAACCGAUGAUAAAGGUGGAAUUCAUAGGAAUCAACGUUUCAGCACCUAAUAAUGUCAGACAAUUUUUAGAAUAUAAAUUUGGAAAAGGAGUGAUAGAAAACCCAAGGUUUCCCAACUCUGAUUUGGUAGUUGGUGGAUAGAUUUAUGUUAAAUGUACCUGUAGUGUUGUUCAUCUUAUAAAUGUACCUGUAGUGUUAUACAUCUUAUAAAGAUGUACGUGUCUCUUAAUUUAUAAUACCUAAAAUUACAUCUCUGGUGCAAUAAGCUGCCUCCAGAAAUUUGUUCAAAACGAUAGAGGUCAGUUUAAUCAGGACAAUAUAAAUGGCAGCCAUGCAGUGCCCAUUUGUCAGUCUCUGUUUGUAUAUAGGAUUUUACAUCAUCUGUAUUUUUGCAUUCCAAUGGUGUGUUGAGUAUUGUACAUUGUUUAAUUUAAUGUGCAAUUAAUUUCAUCUAAAAAUGAACUGUGCAAUAAUCUACAAAUGUAGUGAGGUAGCUGGAUAUAUAGGGUUAUCUUGCAGAAUUAUUGUGUGUCUGGCUUCAUUUUCUUCAGAAUAAGAUGAGUAAAAAAUGUUUCAGGUAUUCAAGUUUCUUUUUUUUUAUUUUUUUUUAUGAAAAUAACUUAAAAUUAGUUUGAAAUGAAGAAAUAGGCAUAUUUCAACCAACUUAUCUUUCUUUGUUUUCAUAACAAAAAUAUUCAAAUCCAUUUGAGGGAAAGCAACUUUUCAAAAAUAAAAUGUAUGGUUUGAUAGCCAUUUUUCACAACCUUAACAAUGACAUAGUUGCCAUUUAUUAUAUACAUUUGUAAUAUAUAGAUAUAAAUUAUUUAGAAAAAAACCCACAUAUCUUUGAUCACUGGAUAUCUGAUUCUAACCUAGGGGGAGAUAAGCUGAUAGUAAACACUAAGGGGCUGGUAGCCAGUCUAGUAGUAAAGACAUGUAAAAACUAUAUUGUAUCACAUUCCUAUUACUCAUGCAAGUUACAGUAAAUAAAUUAAAGUACAACAGAAAAAUAACUUUGGGACAAAAAUAUAAGUCAUGUCAUGUACCCUGAAGAAAGUUUAAUUAAUAGUCAUUUUACUCAUUUUUUGUUGAAAUGUCAUUUGAAAAAUGUCAGUUUUUCAACUUGGAAUGUUAACAAAGAUGAAUUUUUAAUGCAAGAAUUAUCAAAAAUGAUAAACUUUUGUCUUAGUCAAAAUUACAGGUGCACAAUGCAGAUAUACCUAUGUUGAAACAUUGUUGUUUGGCCUAAAAUGACUCAAAUUGUUGGUGGGCCGUAAAACAAUACAAAACAAACAAACAACAAACCUAUGUUGAAUUACCAAAUUAUUAUUACUAAAAUAUAUUACGGUUCAAUGACCUAUGGUUUCUAGUUCUGCUAAAGGAUCAAUCAUCUUGAUGCUCUAUGAAGCCGACAGAAACUAAAAGUUUGAUGCAGCUAAUUUUAUAGGAGUUAUGCCCCUUUUACAAAAGGCCAAACAUGCUCAAAAACGUUCUGCAAACUUUAAGAAACAUUGUAAUCACUUGACAUAACUGUACAUCAAAAAAAUACUUAUUUCAGCUAUAUUCGAGGGAGCAGAUGGGUUAGCGCUUUCAAUUUUCAAAAUUCAAGUUUUGGAACAAUUUUAAUUUUGGUACAUGUUCAUGCCUGCUUAGCUAUAUACAUUUGUGUUCCAACAUACUUGUACGUCGUCUAUCUUCAGGUAUCAUUGUGAUGCUGGCCCCAAUGAUAACUUGGCUUGGAGAAUGACACCGCGUCAGCACUUUACCUCCAGAGCUUUGUUAUAACAAAGUAUUAAUGUUGCAUUCUAUCAUGAAAUUUUCCUUAUACAAUGUACAUGUUCAAGUUGUAUUUUUGUGAUUUACUGAUACCUGUUUUUUCAUCAUGCCUAAUACAUUUUGUUGCGUUGGCAUUGCUAUGUGAAAGUGCUGAUAUUUGCCGUAGAAUUUCAAUCGUGAUGAGUCAAACAUUGAUAUACAUGUAGGCGAUUAAUAUAUAAGAAUUUAGGAUGUAAUACUGAUAGAAUUUGGCAUAGAGGUUCAUGAGGCACCAACGUUGAUGCAGUGACAUUUGCUACUAGAAAGCAUCAAGUGUGUUUACUAGGAUGUUAAUAUUUGCCACAGAAGCUCAUGAAAAGACAAAAAUGAAUGCUAUAUAAAUAGUCAAAACAGAAUAAAGUCUCUCUAUAAGAUAGUGGUGUUUAGCCUGGAGUUUCCCCAUGGAUAAUCCAUUGAUGCAGGGCUGUCGGAACAGAAAAUUAUUUAGAAUAAAGAUACUGUUAUUUGGCUUGGACGUUCCUGAGGAUUCAACGUUGAUGCAACGUUGAUGCCAGGUAAUGGAAAACAGGGGAUUUUUGGUGUAUGAUAUUGAUAUUUGGCAUGGAGCAUGAGGGAUUACAGGGAUUAGCCCCCAAAGUGUUUAAAAUGCAUUUAAAUUAUUUUUCGACUAACUUAUCUUUCCAAGUUUGAAACUAAAGAUAAUACAUAUAAGCUAUCAAAAUUAUAAGCAUCUCAUUUUUCUCUCAAUAAAUUAAAUAUUCUAUAGACAGGGUCAGUCAAUCUUACCUGUUUGUCAAACUGCUUUUCAAAUAUGCUUAAAACGCAGUGUAUAUUUAUGCUUUGCCGUAUGCUUGAACCAUUACUAGUGCCAUUCCAAUCGAGCUGUGUUGUAGGGUUUAAUUAUGUUAACUUGUAUUCUCCAUUGACUUCAUUUAUAUAAUAUGUAUACAUUAUGAACGAUUCUUGCCACUGAAAUGGGUUACGGGGUAUUUUUCAAAAUUAUCGAUUAUAAUUUCCAUUUUUGACCAGAAUAUAUAAACUGUGACUGUUUGAAUUCAAGAGUUUUACGAUAUAAAGGCUUUUAUGUUUGUUUGGGCUUCUUCACCUCAGAUGUCAUGACCAAGUUCAAUAAGACAGAAAGGCCAGCAGGCCGUUUUGUGUGCUUAUAUUUAUUAUUUUGCCAUGCUAUUAGAAAAUAUCAGCACGGAGCUUACAUUUUUUGUAACUUGUUAAAUCAUUGAAUAUGAACAGGAUUUGAUGUAGCCCGAGUUUCCUUUGUGAUCUAUAUGUCAAAAUGUCCAAGUCUGGUGUCGGGGCCAGAGGAACUCGGGCUAGAUUUGGUGCUUAAGAACGGUCGUUGAUAUCAAGGACCUAUAACCUAUAACAUCACCUACGUGAAAAGUACAAGUUUAGUACAUGUUUAAAGGUAUUGUCACUAGGGAUGUUUUAGUCAAUAGUAAAAUCGUUACCUUUAAUGCUUGUACACUGUUCUUGCCAACUGAACCCAUUUCCACAAGAUUAUAAUCUAUAUUAUAUCGAAUAUGAAAAGAGUCACAUAUAGUUUAUUUUAAACAGAAAUUAAAUCAUACUUGCUGUUUGUAACGCCUAUUGAUUUGUGCUUAGAUUAGAUUGUGACUUGUGGAUUGUAUAUGCAUUUUUGUUUUGAUUUUUAUGAUGAAACAUCUGAUAUCUCCCUUAUUCUUCUAUAAAAGUGGGUGUUAUUUUAUAGUUUAUUAAUAAAAUGUCGUGGUUUCAGAGUAU